AGCUACAUCGAAAAACAUUAAUGGCGGCUUUGUGUUAUUGUAAUUAACAAUAUUUGUUUUUAUUUACUGUGUAACGGGAUUAGUAAGUGAAAUCUGUAUACAAUGCCCCCAAAACGCAUUUCAAAGCCUUCUGUUUCUGGAAAGAAACUUCAGAAACAGUCCAAAACUACCAAAAAUGCAACCGAUGAACCCAAGAAAAAUGAGAAACCUACUAGCAAGGCGGGUACUUCUAAGGACUCAGGUGAAACAAAGAUGACUCUUUGUACCAUACCAACGAUGAGCUCUAGGCCUACCAGAAGACCGGGCAGGCCUCCAAGUGCAAAAUCCAGCAUGGGUAUCAGCAGGCCUAGAGACAUGUCAGCUAAAGUGAGAUCAACUUACAGGCGUAGCUUGGAUCCAUGUGAUAAUUCUAACGAUAGCGGAAUUGGUUUCGACCACCAUAUGGAUUCCCAUCACCACAUUAUGGGUAUGUCGGAGAGGUUAACAUGGACUGGUGAGAGAGCAGAGGCUAAAAGACCUAAGAUGGACAUCAAACUGGAGCAUGAUGACGUUAACGAUGGCUAUUGCUUCCCUGAGGCGGCUAGAAGUUGUAAAGACAAUAUUUCUUUGAUAAGGACUGCUCCAGCUGGUUCAGUUCCUUCUCUAAGCAUAGCAAACAACCAAAGCAGCUCCUCUGGGAGAGCGGUACCUAGGUGCAUACCCCUCUCAAGCAGGCAGUCCUCUUCUGCACCAGUAUCACUUACUGCACAACUUUUGUCAUCAUCUAGAUAUAUGGAUGUUUCCUUAAUGAUUGUUAAGCAGCCUGAACAACAACAUAGGGCUAGAUAUCAAACAGAAGGCAGCAGGGGCGCCGUUAAAGACAGAGAAGGAAAUGGUUUUCCUAUCGUUCAACUUAGUGGUUACCAUAAACCGACGACAUUACAAGUAUUUAUAGGUACAGACAUAGGUAAGGUAUCCCCGCACAUGUUCUAUCAGGCGUGUAAAGUUAGCGGCAAAAACUCCACCCCUUGCCUCGAAAAGAAAAUCGAUGGGACUUGCGUAAUAGAACUGCAACUGGACCCUUCUAAAGAGAUGAGCGCUACGUGCGACUGCGUAGGAAUACUAAAGGAGAGGAACGUAGAUGUAGAACAUCGGUUUCCCGACCAGUUAGGCAACAGGAGUAAAAAGAAAUCCACAAGAUGUCGGAUGAUCUUCAGAACCACCAUCACCCUUGAUAACGGCACACAGGAAACUCUACAAGCUUGUUCUCAACCCAUCGUUUGCACACAACCUCCUGGAGUACCGGAAAUCUGCAAAAAAUCCCUAACUUCGUGUCCUGCUAGCGGCGGCCUGGAGCUGUUCGUGCUUGGUAAAAAUUUUCUCAAGGACACCAAGGUCUACUUUCAGCUGUUUGAGGAAGGGCAUCUUUUGUGGGAGAAGGCUGUCGUUCCGGACAAGGAAUAUUUACAGCAGACACAUUUCGUAUGUGUAAUACCACCUUAUCGCACACCCGACAUAACCGAACCGGUAUCGGUGAGGUUAUGUGUGGUAUCGAGCGGUAAAACAAGUGAACCCCAUCAGUUUGUAUAUACGCCCGUUAACGGGGCUAUGCCCAGUGUUCACAUCGAUCCCUCACCACCGGCUCAACCGGCACAAUUUUUUAAGGGUAACUUUUGGAACUCGGCUGGUGUAACCAAGCGGGACCAAGAUUUAGACAUGAUGCCGCCACCCGAGUCCAGUUUGGUACCGAUGGCUACCAGACGUCCUUCUUUAAGUUUACCCUCCACUAGCGAAAUCCACAGUCCGCCUAUACAGACAUUAAAGCAGGAAUAUAUUGAUGAAAAUAGUCAGGGAUCGAUUGCAGACCAUGAAAGGUACAGACAUUUAUCUGAAAGUUCACUCGACGUGCAUCAUGGGGACUCUAAUGUAUCUAUGAUCAACGAAAAUUCUAUGGACAUGAUCCAUCAGAAUUCGUUGGGUCAUAUGAAUGAGAAUUCUAACAUAAGUGUUGGCAAUGAAGACAGUAUAGACGUCAUGGUUCGCAGGAACUCAAUCGGCAGAUGUGAGGACAGUGUCGAUGCGAUAAUACGCAGAAAUUCCAUGAGCCGACCUAUCUCUUCAGCUUGUGAAAGUUCUUUAGACUGUCCAGGUUCUAAUAUGUCUAUUAUAAACGAGAACAGUUCUUGUAGUACCCCGUUGCGCCGCAGCAAUUCUGUUAACGAGAGGCAAAGCCUGUCGCAGCACAUUCAUUCCGCGAGUCUUCUGGCAUCGAGUGGCAGCGCAACUGCUGUCGAAAAAGUAAUAGACUUGAGAAUGAAAAUGCCGAUGGCCACAGUUGCCGACCUUAUUAACACGACAGCCCCAUCUAUGGCCGCUUUACACGGAUUUGGAAUGGAGCAUACAAAUGGACCUUUGCCUACACAAAGCGCACAGAGCGUUGAAAAUUAUCUCACCAAAAUUGAAUCGAAACCUUCACUACUUACAAUCAGUAAUUCAACGAAUAUGUUGAUGAAGAGUGACUUGAAUGAAAAACUUACACAGAUGCUAAAUGCAGAACAGAGUGUCUUUCAGGCACAGAAAGUCUUAAACUCGCAGAUAAUAACAGGUCAAAAUUGCGGUAUGUUAUCCACGACCACUGAAAGUUUGUCACAUUUAGGUGCAACAACAGCACUUACCGGCCCGGAACCCGUAUAUUUAAGCUCGUCUAGGCCAUUCCUAUCGAGCACGACUCAGAACGAGGCUAUUAACAUUGUCGCAAAAUCCGAAGCAGCCGAUAUUGCUGAACAAACCUUGCCAGAACAGACAACUGCGAUGUCAUCAUCUGUCAUUACUACCAUGGCUACAUCACUCGAAAGAAGUGUGCCUACGCCAAUUAACACGGAAAAAUUAGAUGCUUUGGUCAAUUCAACGGUGGAGUCUCACCUAAGCCCUAGAAAAAAUGACACAGCUCCGAAAGAUGUCUUAAUCACAAACAAUAUGCCUUUGGUGACAACAAACAGUAACCCUUCUGAGGUCAUGAUAGCUUCUCAGGAUGUAAUGCUUAACAGCCACUCAAAUUUGUUGGUGCCUCCCACUAUCAACACCAGAAUGCCUUCCCCCGUCCUCGGGCAACAGGAGAUCAGUAAUUCUCACGCUGCUCCGAACCUUCCCGCUGAGGUUAUUCUAAAUUCGCAGAUAUCUCCCAGCCUUAUGUGUCGCAGCACGAGCAGUCUUCAGCAAGACGCACUUUUGCCAUCUCCUAAUUUGAAUAUUUGCUCAACCACCAAUUCGGUGGAAUCGAGCCUGCUGCCAUCACAACAAACCAUCAACACAUCUCAGACAUCGGCGGAGAGUCUGAAUUCCUUACAUUCCCCCAUUUCUGUCAAUCUUGCAACCGAACCAGAAAAGGCGGUUAUAUUCAAAGCUGCAGUUGACUUCUUAGAAACCCAGAAGAAAAUUUCUGAACUAGGGACCAAUUCUGCAAAGUGUGACAUCAUGAUGACUUCCAGAAGUCCUCACUCACUCAGUCAAUUACAAGACAACCCAGGGAACAAUUUCGUACAACCUCAAUUCGCCGACACAUGUACAAAUUUAAACUCACCAGUGGCCCACAAGGAGCAAAAGUCUGAGUUUGUUAUACCCAUACCCGUAAAGGAAAUCACCACGACGCAGAACGACAAGAAAAACGAGGACCGGAUGAUUCCGCAGUCGUUCACUUCUCUCACUGAAAACGAACUCAUCAACUUGAUAAAUCCUAGUUGUUUUGACCAAGUAUAAAUCAUUGGUGGAGGCAUCAUGAUCAUGUUCCGUACUUAUCUGUGUAAGAUGUUUUUUAUUUUGCAUUUCUUAAGUGCAGUUUAAAUUAUCCUAAAGUGCUUUUCAAUGUGCCGAUGCAAAACUAAAUUGCUGUUUUUGUAUAUAUUAAUGUGAUUGUCUUAUUAAAUUAGUAUUAUCAUUGCUCAUUUGGCCCAUUUGUUCACAUUGGAAGUCAUUAUAUUUUUAUUUGACAAGUUUAGAGUUAAGUUUGCUCAAUUUCAAUUAUAAAUAGAUGCUUUUAUUUUAAAUGAGACUUAAAUUUUAUUUAUUUGAUCUGUUAUUGUAAAAAAUAAAACUUUAACGAUUGAUUAGAGUUUUCAAAUCUAUUUGUUUUUGUUCCGAUUUGGAAUUUGGUGAAGUUUAAUUUAAAUAUCUCAAUGCAAGUAGUUAGGUCUCCCG